AGCGUGAGAGAGAGAGAGAGAGAGAGAGGGGUAGGUAGGUAUGGCAGUGAACAGAAGUGGUUUAUUGUAGGUGUGUAAAGAUCAAACUCAAGUUUUUUUCCAGUGUCUGAUGACUCUUGUUUUCUCUUCUGUUGAUCAGGAUCGAAUCAUGAGUGGUGAAUGGCCAUUGGGAGAUGGGAGUCCAGCAGCGUCGGAGGAGGACGAGAAACAUGAGGAGCUGUGGGAGCGAGUGGAAGGAGUCAGACACAAACUCACUUGCAUUUUAAACCCAGCGAAACUGACGCCGUACCUGCGGCAAUGUAAAGUUAUAGAUGAGCAGGAUGAAGAUGAGGUGCUGAAUUCCAGUCAGUUUCCAAUGAGAAUCAGCAAAGCUGGUCGUUUAUUGGACAUCCUGAGGGGUCGUGGUCAGCGUGGUUUACAGGCCUUCAUGGAGUCACUGGAGUUUUACCAUCCUGAGCAAUACACACAACUGACAGGAGAAAAAGCUACACAACGCUGCUCCAUCAUGUUAGAUGAAGAGGGUCCAGAAGGUUUAACUCAGUUUCUGCUGGUUGAGGUUCGUAAGUUGCGUGAGCAGUUGCGCGGCAGUCGUUUGUGUGAACGGCGUUUGUCCCAGCGCUGCCGUAUGGCCGAGGAGGAGCGCAGUCGAGCCGAACGGAAAGCACAAGAGCUACGACAGGACAGAAUACAACAGGAGAGGUUAAGGCAGGAUUGGGAGUCUGGUAGUCGUGAGUUGGGUUUACUGAAGGAGAGACUUUUGGAUCAGACUGUGAAAUAUUCACGAGUGUUAGAGGAGCAACGAAAAUCUGCGGCACAUGAGAGAGAACUGCUUACUGAGGUGGAACAGCUCAGAAAGAGAUUGCAGGAAGCAGAGAAAACAGGAGAUGGCGUCUCUGCCCCCUCGCUGACCCAUCAGGUGAGCCGUGAGGUGUGUGACCACACCCCCAAAGGCCAGGAGGACACACCCCUACCUUCUGUGACGAACAGAAAAUGUAUCACAGGAAGUCAGGCUCUGUUGGAUAUUCUCCAGCAGGAUCGGAGAGAAGCCGCUGAGCAGAGACAGGAGUUGUGCAGUACUAUUGCUUGUCUGCAGGGGGAGCUGGAGAGCUCAGAGGCUCAGAGAGAAAAGCUGUCGUCUCAGUGUGAACAGUUGCAGUUGCGGGUCAGGACUUUACAGCUGGACUGGGAGACGGAGCAGAGACGAGGUGUUUCAUACUUCAAUCAGAUCAUGGAGCUGGAGAGAGAGAGAGAUCAGGCUUUGCGCAGUCGUGACAGCCUGCAGCUGGAGUUUACUGACUGUCUCUUGGAUAAAAAUCGUCUGCGCAAACGUAUUGCAGAGCUGCAGAGCAAUUUGGAGCAGCUGCAGAGAGAGACGGAGAGAAAUCAAGAGAAGAGAGAUCAGAGCGCCACCUGUCUGAACUGUUCUCAUCUGUCAUUGUUCAGUGAGGAUCAGUGUUUUGGGCCCUGUUGUUCUGGAGAUUUGAGCCCCAAUCUACACACACGCGGAGAUCAGAGGAAGUCGUCCUCUGGAGGUCAAAUCAGUGAAGACUCUUAUUCAAAUUUAGAGGACAAUCUGCUGACACCAGAGUGUAACACAGAGAAAGACAUUAACAGACUCUCUACAUUUCCAUUUCCUCCCUGCAUGAACUCUAUCCACCGCAGAGAAAACAUUGAGUUUGAUUUAAACUCUUGGAGGAGUGAUGAGAAUGAGCCAAACACAGAGGAUUCAGAGUUGUGGAGUUCAUGGAGUUCCCUGCCGUCUCAACUCUUUCCUCCUGACCUGAUCACUGUGCCUCCUCCCCUUCCCACCAAACCAUCAUCAUCCUCACUGGGGUUAUCUCCUUUGGUGUCCUCUUCACCUAAAAGCAUCAGUCUGGCUAAUGACAUCACUAUUGUGGGCGGUAACAGGACGGGUAUAUUUGUACAGAGCGUGAAAUCAGACUCAUGUGCAGCGCUGUGUGGUCUGAGAGAAGGCAGUGAGUUACUGGAGCUGGAUCAGGUGUUUUGUGGAGGAGGUCGUGUUCUUCUAAAUCAGUGUACCGGUGAAGUGGCUCAUUUCUCUCUGCAGUGGUGGACAGAACCAGACUCACUGAAACACACACACAAUCAACAGAAAUACAGUGAUUUAACAGCUGAACUCUUGUCUCCUGACUUCACUGGUGCUGACUCUUUCUAUGUGCGUGUGAACCUUGACCUCUCGUCCCAUGGUGACCCCCCGUGUCUCAGGGUUCACUGUGAUGAUGUGUUGCAUGUCACUGACACACGUUACAACGGCAAAUAUCAGUGGCGCUGCGUCCGCUUGGACAAACAAACAGCCAAACCACUACAGGCCGGAGCAGUGCCUAACUACAACAGGGCUCAACAGCUUCUGUUAGUGAGACUCCGCACAAUGGCACUGGAACAGAAUCAAUACAGGAUAAAAUUUACUAAGAAAAAUCCUGAUCGUGUUCGGCUGAUCAAAGCGGUUGCAUCAAACUAUCGUGCGAUUGGCUCGUCCCCUCCGGUGCUGUACACACUUAGUACCCGUCAUGAAGAGCAGUUGAUUCCCUACAGUCUGGUUCAGUUAACUCAUGUGUCCAGUAAGCGUCCAGUGAUUUUCUCUCCUUGUAUUUUGUCCCGUGGGAUCAUCGAGAGACUCCUACAGCCUGCUGAAUCCGGUCUGGACUUUAACACCUGCCAGCCAGAGCCACUGGAGGAGUGCAUGUGUGAGGAUCAAAGUGUUUUCCUGUUAGACUCCUCAGAUCAACCCAUGGGAAUCAAACUACAGAGUAUUCAGGAGAUCAUUAACCAGGAGAAACACUGUCUGCUUCCUCUGGGUUUGAGCAGUGUAGAGAAUCUACUGAAGCAAGGCGUCUAUCCCAUCAUCAUCUACAUCAAACCUAAAGACAAGAAGGGCAGAAAAUUCAGGAAGCUGUUAUCAGGAUGUAGGGAGGAGGAGGUGAUGGAGGUCUGUCAGAUGGAGGAGCUGCAGUUAGAGACUCUUCCUCUGAUGUUCAGUACCGUUGAGCCGAACACAUGGACCAGCACAGAUGAUCUUCUGACCGUCAUCCGCAGUACCAUAAUUAACCAGCAGAGAGCAGUGGUGUGGCUGGAGCAGGACAGGAUCCAGUAGAUGAGGACGAGGAGAUCUUCUGGAUCAUCAUAAAAUCCUAAAAGUCUACGUACGCACAAAAGCCAAAAAUGGCAUACACCAAAAAAUAUUAAGACUUAUAAAACAAAGUAAUGUUCCCUUUAUAAAUCACAGAUCACCUGCAAGUGUGCGUACAUGAAUCAUCCUCAGAUCUCACCCUGCAAGCCCAUUUUCCCAUAAGGUUUGUUUUUAUAGAUCACAACCCUUGUGUGGGAACUGGUGUACGCACGUUUCCAGCCCUGUUUUGUGUGUGCGCAGGCUUUAUAAAUGAGACCCCAAAUUUUUUGAGUUUAUCUUUUAUCUUGGAUUAUUGUAAGGAGUGUUAAUAAGCAUAUUAGUUAUAUACUGAUAAUAUACCUCAUAAAAUGUAUAAUGUGAACUCUGUUUGUUUGUUUUAUAUGACUUUAUUUUAUCUCAAGCUAGUGAAUUAUUUUCUAGAGCUCUGUGUGGUUGUAAUCUUUAAUCACUGAUGUAUUUCAGUGCAUUAUUCUGCUAGUGUCACGUGCGUGUCCAUCUGUUACAUCUACACAACACACAUCAACCAAUGCCAGCAAACAAUACUGUACAACAUCAGAACUACUGUAACCCACUGUGAUUGUGAGAACAAAUGUGAUUCUUUUUUAAUUGAAAUAGUUUUUCAAUAAACAGUUUAAAAUCA